UCCUCCUCCUUCUCCUCCUCCUCCUCAUCCUCCUCCUCCUCCUUUCAGGCUGUGUUUUUUCUGUAUAUGUUUCUGGAGUCCUGAGCCUGAGCUAAACAAAAGCAGGAGGCUGACGGGGCUGCUGGAGUUUGCAGAGACACGGAGGAGGAGAGAGCCUGGGCUCUGCCUGCCGCCGCUGCCGGGGGAGAUCUGGCUUUUGCAACAGCCCACCCCCUUUGAGAUCACUCUGGCCCGGAGUGGGGGUGGGGGGCAGCGGGGGGUGGGGGGAAAGUUUGCCUUGCAAUCCCCCUGCCUUCCUCUCCUUUCUCCCGAUCAAUGCAUAUUUGCAAAAGGAUUAAGCCACAGAUUUAAGCGCCGGGAGCCCAUUUCUGUCUUGCAAGGGAGAUCGGACUGAAAAACCCAAGCCAGCUCUGAUUUCUUUUCGCCAAGUGGGAAGGUGGUUUAUUUUUCUUGCUUUUUGGAGUCAGCACCCUUCCCCACCAGCCCUUACCCCACCCUCACCCCGCAACCCCUUCACGCCCCCCUCCCCUUCCCCUUCCCCAUCCUCCCACCACCUCCAAAGAGGCAACGGGAAUUUUUUUUCUUCUUCUUUUGGUCUUCUCUUUUUUCCCCUUCCCUGUUUAUCCUGAAAAGGAUUUGAAGACAGCUUGAAGGAUAAAAAGCCUGGUGCUUCCCAGGAGCCGAGCCGAGGAGCAGAAGAGGAAGAGCCGAGGGCUGCCGUAGCCUGUGGAGAUGGACGAGCAGCCCAGGCUGAUGCAUUCCCACGCCGGGGUCGGGAUGGCCGGACACCCCGGCCUGUCCCAGCACUUGCAGGACGGGGCCGGAGGGACCGAGGGGGAGGGCGGGAGGAAGCAGGACAUUGGAGACAUUUUACAGCAAAUUAUGACCAUCACAGACCAGAGUUUGGAUGAGGCGCAGGCCAGAAAACAUGCUCUGAACUGCCACAGAAUGAAGCCUGCCUUGUUUAAUGUGUUGUGUGAAAUCAAAGAAAAAACAGUUUUGAGCAUCCGGGGCGCCCAGGAGGAGGAGCCCACGGACCCGCAGCUCAUGCGCCUGGACAACAUGCUGCUGGCGGAGGGCGUGGCGGGGCCCGAGAAGGGCGGGGGCUCGGCGGCGGCGGCGGCGGCCGCGGCGGCCUCGGGAGGAGCCGGCUCGGACAACUCCGUGGAGCACUCGGACUACCGGGCGAAGCUCUCCCAGAUCAGACAGAUCUACCACACGGAGCUGGAGAAGUACGAGCAGGCAUGCAAUGAGUUCACCACCCAUGUGAUGAAUCUCCUGCGAGAACAAAGCCGGACCAGGCCCAUCUCGCCCAAGGAGAUCGAGCGGAUGGUCAGCAUCAUCCAUCGCAAGUUCAGCUCCAUCCAGAUGCAGCUCAAGCAGAGCACGUGUGAGGCCGUCAUGAUCCUGCGCUCCCGGUUUCUGGAUGCACGGCGGAAGAGACGGAAUUUCAACAAGCAAGCAACGGAGAUCCUGAAUGAGUAUUUUUAUUCCCAUCUCAGCAACCCUUACCCCAGUGAGGAAGCCAAAGAGGAGCUAGCCAAGAAGUGUGGCAUCACGGUCUCCCAGGUAUCAAACUGGUUUGGAAAUAAGCGAAUCCGGUACAAGAAGAACAUAGGUAAAUUUCAAGAGGAAGCCAAUAUUUAUGCUGCCAAAACGGCUGUCACUGCUACCAAUGUGUCAGCCCAUGGAAGCCAAGCUAAUUCACCCUCCACUCCCAACUCAGCUGGUUCUUCCAGUUCUUUUAACAUGUCAAACUCUGGAGAUUUGUUCAUGAGCGUGCAGUCACUCAAUGGGGAUUCUUACCAAGGGGCCCAGGUUGGAGCGAACGUGCAGUCACAGGUGGAUACCCUUCGCCAUGUUAUCAGCCAGACAGGAGGAUACAGUGACGGACUUGCAGCCAGUCAGAUGUACAGUCCGCAGGGCAUCAGUGCUAAUGGAGGUUGGCAGGAUGCUACUACCCCUUCAUCAGUGACCUCCCCUACAGAAGGCCCUGGCAGUGUUCACUCUGAUACCUCCAACUGAUCUCCCAGCAAUCGCAUCCCGGCUAACCCUGUGCCCCAGUUGGGGCAGGGGCAGGAGGGAGGGUUUCUCUCCCAACGCUGAAGCGGUCAGACUGGAGGUCGAAGCAAUCAGCAAACACAAUAAGAGUCUCCUUCUCUUCUCUUCUUUGGGAUGCUAUUUCAGCCAAUCUGGACACUUCUUUAUACUCUCUUCCCUUUUUUUUCUGGGUAGAAGCCACCCUCCCCUGCCUCCAGCUCUCAGCCUGGUUUCCAUCGUCUUCCCUGCCUGCUCUCCUCUGUUCUAGCCUCCUGGGGUCCCUGCCCUCCAACACAUCACUGAAGGAUAUUUUCAACAAUUAGAGGAAUUUAAAGAGGAAACAAAAUUACGAAGAAAAUAAUAAAAGUGUUUGUAUGUUUUCAUGCUGGUGGUUUGAGGAGCCAAAUUUGCCUCCCUCGGAUCCUUCUCUCCCGAUGUUAACAGGCAGUCCUCCUCUUUCUCUUGUUCCUCUCACUACCUCUUAGCAGGAAUACGCCCCACUGCCCUCCUCAUCCCAGGCCUCCCUGUCUCCUUUUGCCCCUCCUCCCUGGGGCCGAUCCUGAUUGGAACUCUAGCCUCUUUCUUCCCAGCCCCAGGUACUGGGGACUGCCAUAGGUGGGCUUUUUCAGGUGCCCCAAUUUCUAAUCUCAGCUCUACUAGGUGGAUUCCCAGGCAGGGAGUUAGACAGCAGGGGAGGCCAGGAGGAACAGGAAGGACAAAAUUCCUACAGACGUUUUCCCCCUCCUCAGAACAGCUGCCAGUGUCAAAGGCACAGUCUCUGGAAACCAUUCCACACCUAGGAAGCAAUGUUCAAACCCGACUGCAAAGCAGGCCUCAGUGAGGCCUAGUGAUGAAGGCAUCAGUGAGGAGUAGAAGGUUCUGACCCUGAAACCCUCCAUUGCCCUUCACACCUGUGCACACACGUGGGGAUACAUGCACACUCUCACAGCUUUACUACUUUCCCAAGAUGCCAUGUGCAAACGCCUACAUUCACAAUCCUAGCACUCUCUGGUAAGCUUAAGAGAGGGAAUUAGCAGCUCCGAGUGAAGGUCACUGACACAGAGAAGCGAUACGUGCCUGGGGCUUCUAGGACCAGCUCACAUUCACCAGUGUAGUAUGCACAGGACUUUCUUUCGAUGAAGGUCACUUUUCCAGGGUCAGCUACUCCUGUUCUUACCACUUUUGGAGCUCUCAGGGAGCCACACACAGUACUUACAAAUGUCUGUAAUCGAUUUGCUUGUUUUAUUUGUUUUUCUAUAAGGCAUAUUGUAUUAAUUAUCCAAAGUAUUAUACUGCAUCAAGUUCUUGAUGCUCACCUCUUUCUGUGGAGGAGAGAGAGGCAUCAGAACGUGGUUCAAGUGAACGUUUUACUAGCUUAAUUUGAUGACAUGAGAAGCAUGGGGAAGGGGUGAUAAUGUUUUCAUCAAAAUCAUCGUAUUGAUUUGUAUUCCGGGAUUUUCUAAGAGAAAAUAGCAAAUACCAGAAAGUUAUUCUCUGAUGUCACCUGAGCUUACAUUCUUCAUUGCCAAUUCUGCCAGCAAUAAGGAUAGCAGCUCUAUCACUUGAUUAAGUAGGAGGUGGUCAAAUCUUUUGGUGCCUAAUUUUCUUCAUCUGUAAAAUGGGAAUUAUUCUGUUUGGCUCACCAACAGGCAUGUGAGAGACUGAAUAACUUGAAUUCAUUCAUCAUCAAUCUGAAUAUGUGAAGUUAGGGGAGGCAACAUCCCUAAGAUAAACUGGUUUGUGCUCUGUCAGGACAAUAAGUGGUUUUCUUGAUCUAACUUCUGGUUACCAUCUGUACCCUGAUGUCUUUGCCAUGACGGCAAAGAGUUGAUUUUUAGGUUUGGGGUGGGGGUUGGUUUGAUUUUGGUCUGUUUGGUUUCUUAGGGUUGAAGAAAGCUUCCCAGCUAGGACAAUAGGACUUGGUUCUAUUUUUACUUGAAUCUAGUAGAUAGCCUUUAAAGUAAUUGGCCAGCUCCAGUCACACCCACUACACUCGAGAGGCUUCCAGGAAGGUUUAGGAGACCUGAAGGGUAAGGAUGGCCAGACAAGGUUGUGAAAAGUCUCCAUACUACUGCAGUAAUGACCACUCCUCCUUUGUGUGUGCUUGGAGAAGGUGGGGAUGCUACCUAAGAAAUAGGAUGUGUGUAUUUGAAGAAAAUCCAAAAAGUAAAUAUUAGGCGAAAUGCAGUUAUGCCUAGAUGACCAAGGACACCAGAAAGACUAUGUCUACUAACCUAUGCUAUAUUCAGAACAGGGCUAGGUGAAUAGGAUGCCUAGAAGGCACAUCUUUGUGACGACUCUGUAGUGAUGAGAACCAUGGAAAAGUUUGUCUUAGAGGCAGAAACAUAUGGGAACUAAGCAUACAGGAAAACAUUUGGAUCACAUCAUAUGACAGGGUGAAGUAUGUAAGAGACAUAGAAAGUUUCUCUUGGAAAUAAGAAUUACUCUCACCCUGGAUUGAAUGAUUGCCACAUUAAGUUAAUGAAAACGCUCAGAGCAGUGCUACAUUUGCACAGGUAAUUUCUCCUCCAGCAGCAGUUUGCACUGGUGGUCACCUUGCACAGCAUUUUCCCCACCCAGCACGUUACUAGGUCCCCUUUACAUCCAACACCAUUCUCAUAGCCUCCUCUCAAAGCCCACAGUCACAUCCAACAUGGCGGCCACAGAUCUCCACGUUACCUGGAGCUUCCAGUGGCAGCUGAAGGGUGGAGUGGGAAGAGCACACCUCUGAAAACACACCCUGGGAAUUGGUAGCAGGUCAGUCCUACAAGACACCAAAAUGUGCCCAGGGAUUUCUUCAUUUUCUAAUGAAAAUGAAAGUGCUCCCUUUUCUGUGACGCAGUUUCCCCCCAGGAAAUGAUAAUAGACCUUCGGUUUGCCCACCUGUAACUCUUCAUGGUAUCCUUCUUUCCAUCCCUAACUCCUCCCUCUGGCGGGGAAUUGACUCCUGGGCAGUACUUUGGCCACGUGGCACCUUCUUUUGAUUUAUUUUUUAUUUUGCUGUGGUGGUUGUUCUUUAUUUGCUGGUUGCCUUUUCUCACACGUUUUUCCCCACUUUCCUUCUGCUCUUUAUUUUUCUGCCCAGAAAAACCUGACUUCGAUACCAAAAAAGAUGAAACUACAGAAAUUCAAAUUUAAAAAAAAAAACUUUAAAAAAAAACAAAAAAAUACUCAAUGAUUCUUUCAGCUUUAUUAACAUUUUCCAUUGUUUCUUGCGACUUGUGUCUUGUUCUUUGUAGUAUUGAUGAUGAACAUUUGAUAAUGAAUGUUCUUGUAUAUUCAGAUAAAGAAAAAAACCAAAAAAGCGGUCUGAAUUUAAUAGUGUUUAUAAUAAAAAUUUUAAAAAUGACCCUCAUAGCACGCAAAACAAGAUGGGGAUUUCCCCUUUCUGUGACAAUACGCAUCAUUCCUGCAUUAGUUUUUAAUACCAAACUACCUACAUUCAUCAUUUCCCCCAUUUUUCUUUUAUUUUCUUGCAUUUGUGAAUUAGUUCAAGAAUGCUAGAAAAGUGUCGUUGUGCACAUUCAUUUCUUGUUUCACAAUGUUUAAAAAGUGACAGUAAUUCAUUUUGUAAACUAAAAAAAAACAAGGUUGGAAUAGUGAGCAUAAUAGGUACAACCUAACACAUUAUUAUGUUUAUUAACUUUGAGACCCAGAAAUAAAUUCUUUUCUUUUCUUUAUUCCUGCUCUUAAAUAUAUAAAAAAAAAAUUUUGUUUUGUGUUUAUUUUUGGUUUGUUUAUGGGGGGGCUUUUUUAAAUGUCAGGAUUACGAUCUUGCUAUUUUUGUUCAUUAAAUAUGUAUACGAGGUGAUGUGAAAAGAUGACAUUGGUAGAUAAGUAGGAUGUUUCCUUGUUUCUCUACUUUGCUGCAGAAUUCAGCUGAUGUCAAAGAAACACAAAAACCACAUUGAUGUCUCAUUGCUGACCUUCAUUUCCAGGAUAUGUAGGACUCCUGUAGUCCCUGAGAAAAAUAGUCUGGGACUUGUUUUCCCUUUUGGCUCUUUAAAAAUUUAAGGAAUUGUCCAGGAGGUCUUUUUAUACUGUAGGAAGCAGUUUUUGCCUUUGUUGAUUCUGAAUAUCACAAUCAAGUGCUUUCUUUCUCCCUGAUUAAUAACAACAUUCCCUGAAAUCUUUUCCAACUAGAGAGGAGUUUUCUUUCAAAAAAAUCCACAGAAGAUACUGGCUCAGUAGACACCAUGGGCUUCAUAGAGUACAUCCAGGAACCAGACCCUCGGGCUUGUCUUCCUGCUGAUCCUACAUCCUGACUUUGGAUGAAGAGGUGGUGAUGAGCUGUUGAACCAGACUUGAUGCUAUAGUUUCAAUGCUGAAAAGUUAAGCCUGGGUAACUGACAGUACAUGUCUUCUUAACCUCUAAUCUAGAAGCCUUCUUAAAGCAAAUUGCAAAGCCAGAUUGGUUCGGAAUGUUUUUAUUAGUUACAGGAAAAAAGAAAGCAAUAGUAUCUGGAAGAAACUUAAUUUUAGACAUCUCUCAAGCAAGAAACAUAAAGAAAGAAUGCAGAAUUUUGGAAUAACACUUUAGGAAGCAUCCCCACACAAAUACAUGGCACUCUUUUUAACUCAACAAAAUAAUGAUGAGCUUUUCACAUCACCUUUAUGGUUUCAAUCCCUAGCUCAAAGCUUUCUGGAAACUUAUUUUUUUUGUAAACAUUUUUUUUUCUUUUGUUAAAAAAAAAUGUCCCCAACCCCUCUUCUCUCUUAUUACUUCUUUUCUUUCCUUUGGUGUUUUCAUUUUGAAGUGCUUUCCUUUGGCUAUUGGUUUGAUCUCCCACUUUUCUCCCCGUCCCCUUUUCUUGUUAUUCAGAGUAUAAACCUGCAAAGCUCUGCUCUGUUUUGGUUUUGAAAGUUUAAGCUUUCCUGCUUCUGCGAGAGCACAGGCUUUUCUGUCCCUCUGGAUUCCAACUUGAACUUUUGUGUUCUCUAAUGAUACUAACAUGGUGUAGGUUUUACAGUCUCCUAAUUUGUACUGGUAAUGCAUAUUCCAAAUAAAUAGUUUCUUUUGUUGCAAAAAAGUA